AUGAUAUUAAGCGCGUGCAUAUCGAUUAUUAAUUGGGAUUUUCUUCUUCCUCACUUUUUACGUGUUCAUUUUUCGUUCUUUCGUCCGCCGCCGACUCGUAGAUUUUUCUUGAUCAUGCGUUCCCUGCAAUCAUUAAAAGAAGAGUUACGCGUUCUAGAACAACAUUUUCCAAAACGAACAAAUGCACCAUUUUCAAUAAUAAGUGCAAGUGUUGAUGAUAUAACAAGUAUUUAUCGUGAUCCCGUUAACCAACGAUCAAUAUCAAUUUGUUGUAAAAUUCUUGAAGUACCAAAUAAAUGUUUAUGGUAUACUGAAAGUGAUAAUAAUGAUGAUGUUCAAGAACAAUUAACAUUACUAUUUGAUGAAUUAAAUUCUAAUACAUCAAAUGAAUCUCGUAGUGUUACAUUACAACUUGAAUCAAUUAUUGAACGUUUAAAUACCUUUUUUAAAACAUCAAAUUUAACAUUACCAAGUCAUUUAACAAAUAAUUCAACAAAUCGUAUUGAACCUGAAGAUUCAGGUGUUGAUCAAGAAGAAGAAGAUGAUGAUGAUGAUGAAACCGAACAUCAACAUAAUAAUGAACAUGAUCAAUGUUCUCUAGAUGAUGAAGAUAAAACUCAACCAACUGGACAAUUAACUGAAGAUGUUGAUGGUAUAUCUUUAGAAAAUUGGCAAUUACUUGAAACAUUAAAAUAUAAACGAAUUAAUGAAUCAGCACAACGAAAUCAUGAAAAAAUCUAUGCAAGUACAAAUACAAAUACAAAUACGAAUACAAGUACUAAUAUUAUAUCAGUAAGAAGAGAUGGAGCAUCAUCAUCAUCAUCAUCAUCAACAUCAUCAUCAUCGUCCGUACAAGCAACUGAUCGUUUAAUGAAAGAAUUAAGAGAGAUAUUUCGUUCACAAUCCUAUAAAAAAGGAGAUUUUACUAUUGAACUUGUUGAUGAAAGUCUUUAUGAAUGGAAUGUUAAAUUAUAUCAUGUUGAUAAAGAUAGUAAAUUAUAUACAGAUCUUGAAGAAAUGAAACUAUCAGAGAAAAAUUUUGAUAAAUUAGAUCAUAUUUUAUUAAAUUUAUCGUUUAAUGAUAAUUAUCCAUUUGCACCUCCAUUUGUACGUGUUAUUCGUCCUAUAAUUACUGGUGGUCAUGUAUAUUCCGGAGCUAUUUGUAUGGAAUUACUAACUCGACAAGGUUGGUCAUCGGCAUAUAGUGUUGAAUCAUUGCUUUUUCAAAUCGUAGCAACAUUGUGCAAAGCAGGUGCACGUAUAGAUUUAAGUUCAUUAAACGAAUCAUUUUCACUUCAUCGAGCACAACAAGCAUUUCGUCAUAUAUCAAGUGUACAUGAAAAAAGUGGAUGGUAUACAGCACCAAAGGCUGAUGGAUAA